CCUUAUUACAAAUUGAUAUCAAGUUUGGAAUUCUUCAGAACAACAUUCGCAUCAGUAUAUGAAAUGAAACAGAGGAAAGUUGUAUUCAGAACCAACCAUUGUAUUGAGAACACGUGACCAUGAGGCAAAUUCAUUUGAUGUUUUUGUUUGGAUUGGGUCUGCAGACAGUGAAUACACGUUUCAACACAACAGAUGAAUUUUGUUUCGAACCACACUGCACAUGUAACAAGAAACAGAAAAACGCGAUCUGCACUGGACUUGACUACGUUCCACACGUUCCGAAAUUUGUUGAAGAAUUUGAAUUAAACCAUAACAAUUUCAGUAAUGUCAAUUUUUCUAGAUGGUUUCUAUCAAAUAUUACCAAAAAUGAUAUCAGAAAAUUUGUAUUGAUCGGAAAUUCUAUAAAAUAUGUUAAAAAUGACGUCUUUUUGGAUUUUAUUUCUUUAAAAUUACUGGCAAUUUCAGACGAAAAACAUUUGAAUACAACUAGUCUGCAAAAUGCGUUGAGUUUUGUAAAUACAACGCAUCUGAAGAAAAUUCAUUUGUAUGGAAACUAUUGGAAACUGUUUCCUUUUGAUAUUUUUGAGGCAAUCAGCCUACGAAAAGUGACAUCAAUAUCACUCGAAGAAAACCAGCUGACUGAAUUCGUGUUCCCUAAUUGGUAUACUGAAUUAAAAAACUUAAAAAAGAUCAACCUAUCAAAAAAUAAUAUCAUAUAUUUAAUUCUGGAUGAUAAUGUAAAAUUAUUGGCUACAAAAAUUGAUCUGUCAAGGAAUGAUAUUGUUCGAAUUCCAUCCUUUUGUAAUAAAAUGAACAAAAGCAAAGUUCCGAAGCUUCAAAUUCUGAUUUUGGACGGCAAUGCUAUACCUUAUUUAUAUCCGAAAUGUUUCAAGUGUUUGCCAGCAUUACAGAAUAUAAGUCUACAUGCCAAUAGAUUAACGAUUUUAAGGAAUAACACAUUUUCAGAACUGCCACAAUUAAGAUAUAUUUUCCUUCAAUUUAAUUAUCAGUUGAAAGUAAUAGAGCAUACGGCUUUCAGAAGCACGUCGUUAAUCAGUAUACAUUUUGGAUACAACAAUUUCCGAUUUGACAAGACCAACAACAAUAAUUCUAGGUUUAAUGCAGAAAAUAUAUUUAAACACUCGCCGUCACUUCAAUUUUUAGAUUUAACGAAUAACUAUCUGCCGUCUGACAAAACAACAGUAGGUCUGAUGUUUGCUUAUAUGGAUGAGAUGAGAUAUUUGAUUUUACAAGCUGUAGGUUUGAAAGAGCUUCAUCCUAACUUUUUUAGAAAUUUGACAUCCUUAGAGAAAAUAAGUCUUGAAGGAAAUUUCAUAAAGUCUUGGGUGCCAGAAACGUUUGCUAAUAUGCAUAGCAUAAAAUAUAUAAACCUAAAAAGUAAUGUAAUACAUUCACUGAAUAAAUCAUCUUUACCUGAAAAUAUUUUGAACCAACUAGAACAAUUGAACCUUGCAAGGAAUCCAUUUACUUGUACAUGUGACCUCAUGUGGUUCCGAAACUGGGUUCGAACAACCAAAGUAAACUUGUCCUUUGAUUUUCCACGAGCGUAUACGUGUAAUUUUCCUGCUGAAAUGCGAGGUCGAUUAGUUAUCAAAUACAAUCCAACCCUAGAGAGUUGCAAACAAUCUGAUCCGUUUAUAGUAAUCGCAAUAAUUUUGUCUUCAUUUGCAUUUUUGGUGAUAAUUGUAAUUUUAUUAGCUUACAAGUGUCAUACCUAUAUAAGGAACUACUGCUAUAUUAUGAGAUUGCAUAGACUUCGAAAACAGGGAUAUUUACGUCUUAACAAUAGUGAUGAUUUUGAAUUCCAUGCGUUUGUAGUGUACUGCGAUGCUGAUAGGGAAUGGGUUCAUAGUGAGUUCAUCAAACGCAUGGAACAUGAACAAAUUAAGUUAUGUGUUCACCACCGUGAAUUUGAUCCGGGAGUCCCAAUUACAGAAAAUAUAGACAAGUAUAUGAACAAAUCAUGGAAAGUUGUGAUCAUUAUGAGUAAUGAUUUUGCUAGUAGUGAUUGGUGCCAAUGGGAAUGUGAUUAUGUUCAAGAAAGGAGACGUCGACAAGGAAAAGAUGCAUGUGUUCUAAUCAUGCUGAAGGCGAUUGAUGCGUAUCACAUGACCAGUGGUAUUAGGUCCUUGUUACAUACAACACCGUACCUACGCUAUAAGAAAGGUAUAGGGGAAGCUUUGUUUUGGCAAGCGGUGAUGAAUACUCUUAGAAGACCAUUAAGUGUACCACCUAUGGCCAUCUAAUAUAUUCAUGGAAAAUGUAACAACUUUUCAUCUUCUGUUGUUAAUUGCCAAUUCCGUGAAUAACACGUUCUUUUAUUCCCUAUACAUUAACAUUAACAUUCGUUUACAUAUUAGUCUUGUUGAUAUUAUUUAUAUAAUAUACUGUUUUCAUUUAGUAAUGAGUCUGGUAUUGUGAGACCUAAGUACUAAGUCACUGAUGUUUUACAGUUUGAAAUAAAACUACAUCUUUCAUUUA